CGCUUAUUUAUUUAUUUAUUCGUCUAACAUUUUCCCGCAAUGACCCGCUGGAUUCCAACAAAAAAAGAUAAAUAUGGCGUUGCAAUCUAUAAUUAUGACUCCAGAGCAGAGCAGGAGCUGUGUCUCCAGGUGGGAGACACUGUACACAUACUUGAGACAUUUGAAGGCUGGUAUAGAGGGUACACACUACGGGACAAAGCACAGAAGGGCAUAUUCCCAGCCUCGUACAUCCACCUAAAGGAGGCUAAAGUUGAAGGGACAGGCCAUCAGGAAAUAGUUAUCCCAGGAGACUUACCACUAGUACUGGAGUUAGGUGCCACUCUGAGGGAGUGGGCACAAAUAUGGCACAAGCUAUAUGUGAACAACAAGACCACUCUGUUCAUGGGCGUACAACAGAUGGCCUACAGCCUCAUCGAGUAUCGAUCUCAGAUAGUGUCGGGAACAUUGCCCAAGGAUGACCUUGUGGAGCUCAGGAAGAAAGUCACAGCUAAGAUUGAUUAUGGAAACCGGAUUCUCGGGUUGGACCUGGUGGUGCGAGAUGACGCAGGGAACACUCUGGACCCGGACUGCACCAGCACAGUCAGUCUGUUCCGAGCCUUUGAGACUGCAUCCCGCAGUAUAGAUGACAGAAUACAAGAGGAGAAGACCCGGCUGCAGAAUCUGGAGAUGAGGCGCCAGUCCCUGUUUAGCACAGUGCACACAUACAGCCUCCUCAUGAACCUCAAGAACUUUGUUUGUAACAUCGGGGAGGAUGCAGAGCUGCUUAUGUCGCUCUAUGACCCUGACCAGUCAGAGUUCAUCAGUGAGAACUUCCUGGUGCGCUGGGACAGCAUGGGCAUGCCCAAAGAGAUUGAGAAACUCAACAAUCUGCCUGCCCUCUUCACGGAUCUGAGCAGCAGUGACCUGAUUAGGCCACGUCUCUUCCUCGUCUGUCAGAUUAUCAGGGUGGGCAGCAUGGAGCUCAAGGAGGGCAAGAAACACACAGGAGGCUUAAGGAGACCGUUUGGUGUAGCUGUGAUGGACAUCACAGAUAUCGCCCAUGGGAAAGCAGAUGAUGAGGAGAAGCAGCAUUUCAUCCCCUUUCAGCAGAUAGCUAUGGAGACAUACAUCCGUCAGAGGCAACUCAUCAUGUCACCUCUCCUCCCAUCCCGGGUCAUUGGAGAGAAUGAGCCUCUCACCGCCGUCUUCAACAAAGUCAUUAACACCCGGGAGGUCAACCACAAGGGCCAGGGACUGUUUGUGACCCUAAAGCUACUUCCUGGUGACCUGUCCCAGGUCAGGAAGGACUACCCCCACUUUGUGGAUCGCACCACCGCCAUUGUUAGAAAGAUGGGCUUCCCUGAGAUCAUCCUCCCAGGAUAUGUGAGGAACGAUAUAUAUGUGACCUUGCUGCAGGGGGAGUUUGACCGCGGUAAAAAAACGUCACCCAAAAAUGUUGAGGUGAUGUUGAGUGUACUAGAUGACGAUGGCAAUCUCAUGGAGAAAGCAAUAUUUCCUGGUGCUGGAUAUGAUGGGAUCACAGAGUACAAGUCUGUAAUUUACUACCAGGUCAAGCAGCCGAGCUGGAAUGAAACAGUCAAGGUGACUAUUUCUAUUGAAGAUGUGGGCCGCUGUCAUCUCAGGGUGAUGUUUCGACACAGAUCAUCUCAGGACUCUAGAGACAAAUCAGAGAAGCCGUUUGGCAUGGCGUUCGUCCGCCUGAUGAAAGGAGACGGAACGACGCUGAAAGACGGCAGACAUGAUCUCAUUGUCUAUAAGGUUGACGUGAAGAAGACUGAGGAUGCAAAGACAUACCUGACUCUACCAGGCUCCUGGGCUGAGGUGGAGGAGAAGGAGAGGCAGACAGGGAAAACCUUUCAGCAUUCAGGAGUCAUCCCAGUUACCAAGGACAGCUUCCAGAUUGGCACUCUCACCUGCUCCACUAAACUCACCCAGAAUGUGGAUCUCCUGGGCCUGUUGAACUGGAGGUCCAACCCUGAAGAGCUGGACCAGAACCUGCAGCGCCUGAUGGAGGUAGAGGGAGGAGAGAUUGUCAAAUUUCUACAGGACACACUUGAUGCCCUGUUCAACAUCAUGAUGGAGACUUCAGAGAAGGACACCUAUGACAACCUGGUCUUCAAUGCUCUGGUGUUCAUAAUCACACUGAUUGGAGACAUCAAGUUCCAGCACUUUAACCCAGUACUGGAGACAUACAUCAACAAGCACUUCAGUGCCACUUUGGCUUACAUGAAGCUGACCAAGGUUCUGAAUUACUAUGUGGGCCAUGCAGAUAAGCCUGUCCUAACAGAGGGACUGUACCCAGCCCUCAAAGCCCUCAAGUACCUGUUCAGGUUCAUUGUGCAGUCCCGGGUCCUCUACCUCAGAUUCUAUGGGACCAGUGAGGAUGGGGAUGCUUUCUUUAACUCCAUACGGACACUCUUCCUCUCCUUCAACACACUCAUGGACAAACCGCUGGACGAGGGAGUGAAGAUAAAGGGGGCGAUACUGAAAUACCUCCCCACCAUCAUUAAUGACAUAAAAAAUGUCUUUGACCCUGUGGAGCUCAGUGUUCUUCUGACCAAGUUCAUCGAGAGCAUCCCUGACUCUCAGCUGGUGCGCCAGAAACUUGGUUGCAUGUGUAAAAUGGUGGAGAGUGGCCUUUUCAAAAAGCCAGAGUGUCGAGAUGUCCUCUUGCCACUGGUGACUGACCAGCUGAGUGGGCAGCUGGAUGACCACUCCAAUAAGCCUGACCACGAGGCCUGUGUUCAGCUGCUCAGCACUGUGCUUGACAACCUGGACCGCAAGGAUGUGGGUCCAACCCGGGGUCAUGUCCAGCUGAUUGUUGAGAGGCUGCUUCGCAGAGUCAAUCGCACUGUCAUCAGCAUGAGCAGAACCUCCCCUCUCAUUGGUCAUUACCUAGCCUGCAUGACUGCCAUCUUGAAGCAGAUGGAUGACAUGCACUACGCCCACUACAUCAGUACAUUCAAGACCAGACAGGACAUUAUUGACUUCCUGAUGGAGACAUUCAUCAUGUUUAAGGACCUGAUGGGGAACGUUUUCCCCUCCGACUGGAUGACCAUGAACCUCCUGCAGAUUGGGGUGUUUCUGCGGGCCAUCAACCAGUACUCUGAGGUCCUCAACAUGUACUUCCUGGACCAGACCCACUUUGAGCUUCAGCUCUGGAACAACUACUUCCACCUGACUGUGGCAUUCCUGACCCACAAGUCAUUGCAGCUGGAAUCCUUCUCUCAAGAGAAACGGAACAAAAUACUCAACAAGUAUGGAGACAUGAGGAAGAGCAUUGGCUUUAAGAUCAGAGACAUGUGGUAUAAUCUUGGCCCCCACAAGAUGAAGUUCAUCCCUGCCAUGGUGGGGCCCAUCCUGAAGGCUACCCUGGUGCCUGAGCCAGAGCUGAGGAAAGCCACCCUCCCCAUCUUCUUUGACAUGAUGCAGUGUGAGCACAACUUCACUACCGGCCGCACCUUUGACAUGUUUGAGAAUGAACUGAUCACCAAGUUGGAUCAGGAGGUAGAGGGAGGCCGUGGGGAUGAACAGUACAAAAUCCUGCUGGAGAAAACGCUACUUGAGCACUGCCGGAGGCACAGAUACCUUUCUCAGUCAGGGGAGGAGCUGGCUCUGCUGCUCAGCAGUCUGCUGGAGAAGCUGCUGGCCUACCGCACCAUCACACAUGACGAGAGCCCUGAGCUCCGCAUGAGCUGCACCGUCAACGUCCUGAACUUCUACAAAGAGAAGAAACGGGAAGACAUUUACAUUCGGUAUCUGUACAAGCUGAGGGAUUUACACCUUGUCUGUGAGAACUACACAGAGGCAGCCUACACCCUGUUACUUCAUGCCGAACUCCUUGAGUGGUCUGACAAGCCCUGUGCCCCUCAUCUGAUCCCCGGUGACAGCCAACAUGUCUGGACCCAGCAGGAGCUCAAAGAGAGGCUCUUCCAGGAGAUAAUCUGUUACCUGGACAAGGGCAAAAUGUGGGAGAAAGCCAUUGAGAUGGGCAAACAGCUGGCAAAGAUGCACGAGAACCAGAUGUUUGACUUCAUGGAGAUUAGCCAGCUGCUGAAACAGCAAGCCCAGUUCUAUGAGAAUAUAAUGCAUGCCAUGCGGCCUCAGCCAGAAUACUUUGCUGUGGGAUACUAUGGCCUUGGAUUCCCCACUUUCCUCAGAAACAAAGUGUUCAUCUACCGUGGUAAGGAGUACGAGUGGCUGGAGGACUUCAGUCUGAAGCUGCUGUCUCAGUUCCCCAAUGCCGCCAGGAUAACCAGCACAGCGCCCCCUGGGGACAACAUCUGUAACUCCCAAGGACAGCACAUCCAGUGUUUUACAGUCAAGCCAGUCCUUACUGUGCCCACCCAGUUCAAAGACAAGGGGGUUCCUGAGCAGAUCCUAAACUACUACAGAACCAAUGAAGUGGACCAGUUCCAGUAUUCCAGACCCUUCAGGAAAUGUGCAAAGAACCCAGACAAUGAAUUUGCUACCAUGUGGAUCGAGAGGACAACUUACAUCACGUCCUAUUACUUCCCAGGGAUUCUCAAAUGGUUUGAAGUGAAGUCCAUCUCUGUUGAGGAGAUCAGCCCCCUGCAGAAUGCUGUGGAAACCAUGGAGAUGGCCAAUGAGAAGCUCAGUAACCUGGUGCAGCAGCAGGCCUGUGACAGCUCCACGUCAGUCCACCCACUCUCCAUGAUGCUCAAUGGUAUUGUUGACCCUGCCGUAAUGGGUGGCUACACCAACUACGAGAAGGCGUUCUUCACUGACACCUACAUACACGAACACCCAGAGGACCUUCAGAGCAUUGAGGUCCUCAAACAUCUUAUUGCCCUCCAGAUCCCUCUCCUGGCUGAUGGGAUCCGGAUCCACGGGGAGAAAUCCACGGAGCAGCUGAAGCCCUUACACAACCGCCUGCUCACCUGUUUCUCUGACCUGCGGGAGAGAGUGGAGAAGCAUUACGGCGUCAUAACCCUGCCCUGCUCUCUGACUGAGAGAAAGAAGAGUCGCGUGGGCUCCGUAGUGAUGCCCUACAUCCUUUCCUCUACCCUGCGCCGCAUGUCCACCGUCUCCAUCCUCUCCACCACCUCAUCAGGCCUCUCCAGCAGCUCCGCCUCCUCUGAUGGACCCUCCCGGCGCUCCUCCUCCCAGGAUUCACUGUUGUCCCGUGCCACUGCCAAUGAUCGCCGGGCCUCGAUGUUGUCCCGCUCUGAGGAUGACAACCGGAUCGGUCGAAAGAACAGAAAAGAAUGGAGUGUGAGCAAGUCACAGGUUUUGGUGGAGAGACAGCCAGACAUAGAUGAGACCCCUCCAGAGAAGCAGCAGAGACCCAAAAGCCUACAGUUUGGGGACCGUCGCCUGACCCUGUCUCUGUUCCAGGGCGUCUCUUCUCAGCUCAGCCUUGGCAACCCUCUCAGCCCCCUGCCAGCCUCUCCUUACACUCCUCGCAGCUCCAGUUAUUCAUCUCUCCUUGGGGAUAAUGAUGCCACCACUGACACUCCUGGGACACCCCCACCUAUGCCACCAAAGAAACAUCCCCACGAGAUGUUUGACCUCUCCCAAAACUCCUCUGAGUUCCUUCCUCCUCUGCCUCAGAAAAUUGACAGCAAGCCCCCUCCACCUCCUCCUAAGACCAGGAAGUCUAUGUUCCCCGGCUCCUACGAGCACAGUCCUCAGUGAGGAUCCUCCACCUGGAUAGCCCCUCUCAUCUAGUUCAGAGACCUGCUGCCUGGGAUAAGGGCUUGGUUUGUCUUGUGGUACUGUAGCACUUUAUUAUUACAGAGCUAUUACAGGACCAAUACUAUUACCAGUUAUGUACUUCAGAAUUACAGUACCAGUCAAACGUUUGGACACACCUAC